UGAUUGCUUUGUCGUAUGACUAACGCACACAGCUACAAUACGAACAAGUGGGCGUUCGGGUAUUGUCAUUCAAAUCAUCUGUUUCGUAAAUCGUUGUAUAUUUUGUACAUAAAAACUAAUUUAUUUUUGAUUUAUUUAUUUAAUGAGAGUUAUAUUAAAGUAAUCAUUGAUUAGGUGCGCGAGUGGGUUAUGUUUAUUUAGAGUUUUUGUUUUCAUUCGUGUGACGUCAUUGUUUUCGACUGCCAAUACGACGCAAUAGCAUUUUACUCGAAAAUGGAUUUAAAAUGAGAAUUAUUUUCGUAAACAAGGCGACGCUAACACAGCAUGUCAGCGGAGUCGCCGCGGCACGUGCGGUCGGGCGGGCCGCUCACCGUGCCCUCCCAGCCUCCCAGCGACCGCAGCAUCAUCGACGCCGUAUCAGGGUUCAUUAAUGAUGUCACGCUCUCUUCAUCAUCAACCGUUGACCCCAAGGAUGUUAUACAGUGGGCCAGGUUCGAAACAACAGAUAUCAACGAGCCGACACCUGAAGGUGAUGGUGACAGUGAUGUGUCUCCUCUCCUCUUAAUCCUGGGCUACGGGUCUGGCGUCCAAGUGUGGCUGAUCCCGCCAACCGGGGAGGCCCAGGAGGUGUUGUCAUGGCGACAAGGCACAGUGAGGGUGCUCCGUAUACUGCCUACUCCGCAGCACGGCGACUGCUUCGCAUCGAAAAGGCCCCUCAUCGCCUUGUGUGACUCCGUCAGCCCUGGACCUGCGUUCUGCUCGCUCAGUUUUAUAUCCAUCAGAGGUGGUGAACAGGUGAAGAGCAUAAAAUUCAAGAACCCGAUACUAGACGUGCUCGCGAACAAACGUUCAGUGGUAGUAUCCUUCUCCGAACGAUUUGCAGUCUUCGACGCCGCGACAUUAGAAGACCGAAUGGCCGUCACUACUUGUUACCCCUGCCCGUGUCCAUUGGGAGGCAGUUUACCUAUCAACCCCUUAGCGCUUGGCGACCGCUGGCUGGCUUACGCUGACAAGAAACUCAACCAGUCGAAAAGAAGCAGUGGAGGUUGUGAAGGUGAAGGCGUAACCAGCUACACGGCGACUGUCCUCCACGCAGCUAAGUCCCUCAGCAAGGGCCUGCGCGGGCUCGGCGAGAGCGUGGCGCACAGCCUGGCUGGGGGGCGCAGCACCUCGCAGUCUCCCUCACCGCCGAACGCUGAUAUACAACAGCCGGGAGUUGUCACCAUAUUGGAUAUCGAGGGUAACGAGGAAGAAGACGGACAAGACAGCGAAGAGCCCUGCGAUCCAAUCGUGGCUCACUUCAUAGCGCACUCCGAAGCGAUCAUUGCGCUGAAGUUUGACGCGAGUGGCAUGUUGCUGGUGACCGCUGACCGACGCGGCCACGACUUCCAUGUGUUCAGGGUCAACCCGCACCCCUGCGGGUCCAGCCUCGCGUCCGUACAUCAUCUGUAUAUCUUGCAUAGAGGUGAUACUACCGCUAAAGUGCAGGACAUCGCGAUCUCGUGCGACUCGCGCUGGGCGGCGGUGUCGACGCUGCGCGGCACGACGCACGUGUUCGCCAUCAGCCCGUACGGCGGCGCCAUCGGCGUGCGCACGCACACGCAGCCGCGCGUCGUCAACCGCCUGUCGCGCUUCCACCGCUCCGCCGGCCUGCCCAUACACGCGGCCGCCGCUAAGCGGGCCUCCGCUGCUACGGUCGACAACCUACCCCAGGGCGCCUGGUUCCCCAACCCCCGCCUGCCGCCAUACCCGCUGCCAACCACCGUGUCCCCACUCGCUCAGCUGCGGCCCACCGCUAACAUACCAACACAUACCAUUACCAGGAACAGUUCGGGCCGGCAGCGCCUGUCGUCCCUGUCGGAGGACAGCAGCGCGGCGCCGCUGCUGGCGCGGGCGCGCUUCGGGCCCGCGGCGGGCGGCCGCGCGCCCGCGCCCGUGGCCGCGCUGUACCUGGUGGCGGCCAGCGGCGAGCUGCUGCAUCUGCUGCUGCAUCCCAAGCCCUUGUCCAGUCUGCCUAAAGAGAAGAUCUGCGACGACUCUCCCAUAGAGUUGGAGGUGGAGCCGGUGUCGCAGUGGCCGCUGCAGCGCCCCGCCGCGGCCGCCGAUCUACUGGCGCCCUUGCCACCUUCCAACCCAUUGCUACAGCCGCAGACUUGCAGGAGAUGCGCAGACAUGUGCAUGAGCGAAGAGGAGCGGUGGUUGUCUCAAGUGGAGAUCGUGACCCACGCGGGACCGCACCGGCGACUGUGGAUGGGCCCACAGUUCGUGUUCAAGACAUAUAACUGCACGGGGUCGAGCUCGUCGCUUUCCGAAGCGGAGACAGUGGAAGUAGAUACGACGGCAGCCCGCGGCGUGGCUCGCUCCAACCCCGUCAACAUGCCGGGCGUCAGGCCCAUCGUACCUGUGCUCAUCGACUCCGGCUCAGCCAGUUCCCUAGAACACUCGCCAUCAGACAGUUUCCGCCGCAAGUCACUGUUAGCGGAGAGCGGCCGCGCGACUUCAGUAUGUGAUGUGCAGCUUAGAGAGGAUCUGGCGGAGGCCAUGAAGGAAGACCACGGCGCGGCGCGGCCGGCCCCGGCCCCGGGCGCGGCCCCGGGCGCGGCCCCGGGAGCGGGCGGGCUGGCGCGCGCCGUGGACCCGGCCGGCACCGUGGUGCAGCGCGCGCCGGCCGAGCCUGCGCCCGAGCCCGAGCUGUUCGCCAGCGACAACCGCGACGAGGCGCGCUUCCGGCCCGUGCUGCGCGCGCCCGCGCCGCCCGACGCGCGCCCCGAGGAGCGCGCGCGCCCGCUGCCGCGCGGCACCACCAUCCCGGCGCAGAGCCUGCCGCCCGCGCCGCCGCCCGCGCCGCGGCCGUCGGCCGCCGCGCUGCCCACCGCCGUGCUCAUCCCCGCCGCGCUGGCCGCGCCCGCCCCACCGGAUAAGUAUAGCGUAGGGGAGGCGGCGCGACUGGAGACGGAUGCCAGGCCGAGUGCGAGGGGCUUGGCGCCCGCCGAGCGAGCGACUGGGCCGCCUCCCGACUCACUGCCAAAACGGCCGUCGGGUGAUAUUCAGCCGGCCGCCCGACAUAGAGUUAGACGAUCUCCCACCCCAAAGUCGGAUAGUGAUAGAGUCGUUAGUGACGACACUCUUAGGGAUAAAAAAUCUAGUAAAAGUAAGGGAACUACUCGAUCUCGGGACCAAGAUGUUAAGGCCUCGAAAUCGAAUGAAGUUCAAGAGAAAAGCCGUAGGGAGUCUACUCCUAAAUUAGAAAUAGUUGAUAAGAUUGAAAUGCCUCGAAGGGAAUCUAUUUCGAAAGAACCUGUGUCAAAAGAAUUUGUUUCGAGGGAACCUGCUCCAAGAGAAUACGUAUCAAGACAUUCUGUGUCUAGGGAAUCUAUUCCAAGAGAAUCUGCUGCUAGGCAAUCUGUAUCGAGGGAGUCUAUUCCUAAGGAAUCUAUUUCUAGAGUGUCUCUGCCAAGGGAGUCUGUUCCGAAGGAACCUGCUCCUAGAGCUUCUAUACCAAGGGAAACUCCUCCAAAAGAACCUACUCCGAGAUCAUCUGUGACAAAAGAAAUUAAAAAACCUGUUUUCGCAGACCAUGUUACUAAGGAGCCCGUCCCUGUACUCCCCGCCGAGCCGAUAGCUGUUGUUCUGGAUACUAAAGAGGAAAUUCCUUCAGUAGCGGUAACUAUAAAAAUGACUUCUAAGAAAAAAUCUUCUGAAACUAAAACUGUUAAAGAAAAAACGGAAUUCAUUAAAACUGAGGAGCAAGCAUGGGAUAUGCUUCUAAAUGAACCAGAAAAACCUUUAUACAGUAGUUCUGUCGUAGAUGAAAAGCCAAUUGAGGAACCUAAAGCAAAAGUUAAAAAGCCCCGUAAAGCCAAAAAGUCUCAAGAUGACGCACAGACGAAAGAUGAGGAUUCCUUUGUUGAAAUUCAUGCGAUCGAAGAUAAACCACAGCAGUCUAGCGGCGAGUUGGUCUCCAUUUCGACCCCAUAUGAAGACUUAGAACCUUUCCCCCUUUUGGCUAAGCCUAAGAAGACGCGUUCGUCUAAAAGUGCAACUCCCGAGAGAAAAGAUCAGUUUGAUACUAAAGAUGUUUGGGGUAUAGAUGAAACUGAACUUACUGUCGCACCUAAGCCGAAAAAGAACGAUGACAGCUCUUUUAAAAUGGAGUUUGUUGAACCGUUACCAAAAUCAAAACCUAAGGAAAUAGAAAUUGAGAUGCCUAAAACAGAUACUCUUAAAGUUACCGAAGCAACAAACGAAACUACUUCCACAUUGAAGGAAUCACCAAGAGCUAAAAAGAGCAAAUCUCUUUCACCAUAUGCUGAUCGCAAGCCCACAGAGAAACGCUACGAGACAGAUGUCAAGGACGUAUAUGUGAUAGAUACGAUGAAAGAGGAAUUUCCUGAAAUUCAAAUCACUAAAGGCACUAAGAUGCGAAAGAAGUCUCCACAGCCUGAGAAGAGCCAAGAAGUAGAAGUAGCUGAAAAACCUAUUAAAUCGUGGAGUUCUAUUGCUGCUUCCAAAAAUAGCAAAAAAGAAGAGAAAUUAACUGAAGAAAAAGUAGAAAUAGAUAAGAAAUAUGAAAGCGAAAGUGUUAAUGAGACUAUAGGUUUAGAUGAAGAAGCUGGGUCUUCCACACAGGUGUCGUUGCAAGAGAAACUUAUAGAGCUUUGUAAAAGAACCGAUAUCAUGGUAGCUGAGUGUGAUGCUCCUUCAGAGUUGAACUUUGUCGAAGAACAUCAUUCUGUCCUCGAUUUACCUCCACUAGGACCUCUGGAUUUCGGUUUAGAUGAUUUUAAACUAGAAGUCAUGCGAGACAGCCUUCUAGAGAUCAACGAUGGAAAUGUUACAAGCCCAAUAUGCAAAAUAAACAUAGAUAAUAUACUGUCAACCAUUAAAGAAACUACAAGCAAAGCCAUUGAAUCAAGCGCCUUCAACCUGAUAGAUUUAGAAAAAGUUCCCUUAAAGAAAGAGAAGGGAUUUAGUGUAAUUGAAAACGAUAAAAUAACUUCGCAAGAGGUGAAGAUUGAUGAUGAUAAGUCCGAUGAUAAGGAGAUGGAGAAAUCAUCGGAUGAUGACAAUACUUCACCGGUUGUAUCGACUGACAGUGACAAGGAGGAAAAGAAAUCAUCUGGUGCUUCUAAUGUAACCAUGCCUUCGUCAAAGCAAUCGUCUAAGUCUAAAAAGGCGCGUAAGAAGAAGAAGUAAUUAACUGUGUUCAGUGAUAUUAAUGUUCAAUGUUUCGAUUUUUGCAAUAUUUAUUGUAGUUUAUACAAAAGACAUUUUCAGCUUACGUGUGCUACAUCAACUAUUGUAACGUUACUGAUAUCCGAUUUUUAUAUAUUUUAUUUGUAAGUAGUAUAAAAUAAUACUCUGAACAACAUUUGCUUAUCAAAUUAAAAUGCUGUUUAGAUAAAAAAAAAAUCAAUUAAAGUUUUAAAUAUAUUUUGUAACUUUUAUCUUAACUAUGCGUGGUUGAAAUGUGUGUUAUACUAACAAGUUAUUUUAUGUACGUAUAGACUAUUCUCGGUUAUUUCUACCUUUGGAAAUUAUUAGUUUAAUAUCCCUAAAGCGAUCUUUGUCUAACAUAUUUUUUAAAUAAGACUUCGGUAUCAAUAAACUUCGUUAUGAUAUAACGUAAGCUGAUCAUGUCAAUUUUACGCGGUUAGAAUCAAACAUUUGCUGCUGUUGUAGUAAUCUUAGUAAGUAAUGCAAUUAAUGUGAUUAAGCACAGGUAAAAGACAAAAAAAAACCUUAAAAUGUUUAUAAAAAAAAGUGAUUUUAAAUAUUUGCUACUAAAGCCAACAGUACUAGGCAAUAACAUUUUAUCGUUGUUCAGUAGCGGUAUUGUAUGUCAUAUCAAAAAAAUAAACAUAAAAAUCUAAAAACCUAGCAAAAUACACAAAAAAUCAAUUCUACUAGAUUUUUUAUGAAGACCAAAAAUUCCAAUAAAUUCGAAAAGUAUUAAUUACUAUAUACUCGUAGCGUAAGGUUUUUGGCAAGUUUUUGAUAUUAAAGACACUUCUAGAAUGGGCGUGGCGGUCUUCAUAACAGACCUAGUACAUUUUUUUUUGUAUAACGGUACUCCAUUUAGUACUUAUCUCUUGUUUUAGUUAUUAGGUGUAGAUGAAUAAAAUCGCAUACAUUGUGGAAACAAGCAGCUGUGCGCUACGCAAGACCUUUAUAAAGGCCAGUAUAUACUUUGCUUACCCGUCAUAAGAUUUAAGCUUGACCAGUAUAUUAUAUAUUUUGCGCAUUACUUUGGGAGAUCAGGUGGCCGUAUACUUUUAGGACCAUUCUUUACUGAAAAUGCAAUGGUAUUUUGUGCUAUCUUAGUACCUAAUACGGCCUCCAGCUUUUUCUAUCCAUAGGGGCGUUUUUAUUGACCUUGAUAUGAUUAAGGCUCAUUUUAAAUAAUAUGUAAUGUCUUGAUCGUACCUCAGUAUUAAUUUAUUGUGUUGCUUUGCCACCAACGACUGUUUCUGAACCAGACCAAUUUAAAACUGAACUUGUAAGUUGAUUUACAUUAUCAAGGAUCUUAUAAAUUGGGCUCUAUUAAUGAAGUACUACAAAAUACCUAUUUAGGUUGUGAUUGACGAACUACAAAUUAGAUUUUAAUCUAUUACUGUGCGUUAAUCAUGUGCUUCGUAAUUAGUAGCUUAGUUUUGGCAGAAAUAUGCAGGUCGAUUCAGAAACAGUCCAGGGUGCCUACCGUCGCCUCAAGUAAGAUCGACGACAAAGUCAAAGCGAGAUGGCACGCUACAAGCCGUAGAGCGCCAUCUCGUUUUGUCUUUUAGAGUUGGUGGAAGGCCCCCAGCUUAUGACUUAGUCACACCGGUAUAUGAUACCCACUCACAUGUACGGCUGUCUUCGUGUACAAAUAUAUUGUAACUAUCGACAAGUAUUAUUUAUUAACCAAUGUUUUUUUUUAUUUAGCUUUAAUAUGUUAAAUCAUGACAAAUAUUUAUUUUUAUCUAAUAUUUUUUUGGUGACAUUAUUUCGAGUUUUCGAUUAAUUUUAGAUACGUAGUUGGUGCAUAAUACUAUUUAUUAUUUGACGUUAAUUUGUAGCUUUUUAGUUCUGUAUUAUAAAUAGUUCAAUUCUUAGUAUAAGUUUUCUAUCGGCCGUAAUUACCUUUGAUUGGAUAAAACUAAAUGAUGAAAUUAAAAUUGUGAAAUUAUUGUUACUAAUUAAUUGGUUUUACGAUGUCAAAAAAUGUAUAUAAUGUAGGUGAUUUUGGAAAAGAUCUAAAUGACGAACUGUACAAGUUGUAAGACUAUUUAUUUUAUAAAAUAUCGUGUAGAGUGCUCUUAAUGCGAGAUGUAUGUUAUUCUGUAAGCUGAGCAUACUGCUGUAGUCUUGUGUGUGUGGAUCAAGUUCAACCUCGGAAAAGGAUAGAUUUAUUAUAAUCAUUUGAUCUUUUCAAGUAGUACUUAUUUCGGUAUUUUGUUCUCAUACAAAAUUAAAUUAUACCAUUGGCUUUGUAAUUACGUAGAUUAAUUGCGUAUCCCCUAUUUUUUUAUUCUUUUUUGUUUUUUAUUUUUAGUCAAUUACUAACGGCAGCUUAUGAACUGCUUCGAAAUUGGUACGGACCAAAUAAUAUUGUCGAUUUAAACAUAAUAUAUUUGUUAAGGAUUUGAUUCCUGAAUUUUUGGAAAUUGUUUUAUUUUUUUUAUAUUGCGGGAUUUUAGCUUCGUAAUCAAAAUUAUGUUCUCAUCAUCUAGUUUUUAUUGGCAUUUGAAAUUAUAUAUUUCGUUGUUGUUUUAAACAAUUUGGAUAAGAACCAGUCCGAUAGUAGCAGCAAAGUCUAUAUAGUAUUAGUAAAUCUGACAGAUUAUAAUUGUAAAUAAUAGUCGAAUCUAAUCUAUUACUUCGUAUUACAUAAAGAUCUGUAUUGUCAACUUUUUCUUCAGUAAUUAAUAACACCAAUAUGUUGUGUCAUACAAAGCAUAAUAAUAACUAAUCAUACGUUUAAAAUAAUGUGGAAUAUUAAGGAAAUGUUGUAUGUUAUGGAACAGCCAUUAAACCAAAAGCAAUGUAAAAUCUGUCUGCUUGACUGUUUGUAAGUGCGUAACACAAUCUCAAAAUAUAAAACUUGGACAUAGGAUAUAGCAUGUAUUUAUUACACACUAAAUGUGAUCAAUUCUGAAAUUCUAAAAUUAUAUGGUUGCCUUUAUUAAGGCGUAGGCCGAUUAUACGUAUUGUCGUAACGUAUGCUAAAUGUCUUUGCCUUAAGUGUUCGCGUGUAAUGUAUACUUUGGCUGAACUGUUUUGUUGAUAAUGUUAUGGAGUGUUUAAAAAAAAUCAGGAUAGUAUCUAUAUAAUAAAGAUGAGAAUUCAAAAACAGCA